UUCCGUGUUUCAUUUAUUUUGAUUUGAUGUUUGAAAGUUUUUAAAAGUGCAUUCAGAAACAAGAAGUUUGUAUUAGCGGUUUAAUAUUCCGGUGUUUUAGUACUCUAAAAUUCUGCGUUGGUUAAAUAUUUGAGCUCUGAGAUACAAGUAUAGUAACAUUUAAAGUGGAAUCCAUCUGAGUGGCAGCUUGCGUUGCUGCAGCUGGUUGUCUGUAAAAGCUAAACGUGAAAACUGAAAGGUUCGUCCUGUCGCUAAAAUGCAUGGCCGUUUGAAAAUCCGUACUCCUGAAGAACAGCAAGAAGCCAUCCGAAAAGAGAAGGAGAAGAAGUUGGCUGUUUUCAAAGCAUCGUUCUCCAGCAUUGUGACGAAGCGCGCAGAAGGUGAUUCAACGAUCGAAACCCUCCGCGACACGGAGAUUCUUCUGACGCGCGUCCCAGAUAUCUAUACCUUAUGGAAUUACCGCCGCGAAAUCCUGCAGAAGCACUUUGAAAAAAGUGAAUCGGACGCGGAGAUUGACGGCAUCUGCGAGUACGAUCUAUCCUUCACGGAGAGCUGCCUGCGUCAGGAUCCGAAGUCCUACAGCACCUGGCACCACCGCCGCUGGAUCCUGCAGCACAAAAAGCACCCCCGCUGGCCCAGCGAACUGACCCUAUGCAACCACGCCCUGCAGCUGGACGAGCGCAACUUCCACGUGUGGAACCAUCGCCGCUUCGUCGUGCAGCACGGCAACAUCCCGCUGGAGGAGGAGCUGGCUUAUUCCACCGAGCUGAUCAAGCGCAACUUCUCCAAUUACUCCGCCUGGCACUACCGCACCGUCCUCCUCCCGCAGCUCAUCCCGAGCGCCUGGAAGCGCAAUCCGCGAAGAUUACAACUGGUGCGCAACGCUAUCUUCACCGAUCCCCAGGAUCAGGCGGCGUGGUUUUACUGUGGAUUUCUUCUGGAGGCCAUGCGUCGCGGCGGGUACGAGGAGAUGAUUGAGAAACUGCUGGGGAUUAUGCGGGAGCUGCGGGAGGAUGAGGAUGAGCCGGAUAGUGAGUGGGUGCUGCAUGGCAGUGUGCGGCUGCUGCUGGAUAGUGGCCGGGUGUUGAGCACGGAGGACCGGGAGUUUAUUGGCACAGCGCUGGAGAAACUGGUCAGUUUGGAUCCGUUGAGGAAGGGGUAUUAUGCGGCGCUGGAGGAGCGGCUGAAGUCAGCGUGAGCGUGCAUUGGUGUUGAUAUUUUUCAAGGCUUUUUGUACGUAGUAAUGACAAAUGCUUAAAAUUAUUGCGGUUUUUUAUGGAUGAUGAAUGAUAUACGUAAUUUAUCCAGUCGCAUUUCCUCGUUAAUUGUUCACUUCAAGUUCACAUGGUCAUUCUUGUGCCCUUAUUUAAACUGUUGAUUGUUAAGAUUUGGAAUGUUGGUAUUUUAAUGAAACGUUAUUCAUACAAAUUACUCUGAAAAGAUCGUUUGUUUCUUUGACGCUGCUACUGCUGGAAAAUUAUCGAAAGCAGUCGUCGUAAUUGCGCUUUACAGCGAUAUAUUUCUUAUUUGUAGACCUGUCGUAGUAGCACAUACAGUCCUUGAAAAUUAUUCCGGUUCUGUAUGGACGGUGAAUAUUACUGUAAUCAACUGAUCUAUCCACUAUCCAGUCCUGUUUUCUGUCUAAAUGGUGUGCUACGAAUAGUCACUAUUGUAUCCAACUGUUGUUUUUUGUAAGCAGUUGUUGAGAUUUUGAUUAAGUUCUAAUGUUCUAUGAUUGUAAUUUAGCACGAGAUAUGAAGAUCGUUUCUGUUUUACUUUUGUUGCCAACUUGCCAUUACAUCAGCCAUUAAUUUUAAAUUCAAAAAAUGCGAAUACAUUAG